AUGAAAUGCAUCAGUGAUUUCAACUGGUUUCUGAUUCAGGAUGACCCUUUUGGAUCUUGUGAAAAUAAAUACUGUGGUUUGGGGAGGCACUGCGUUAUCAGCAGGGGGACGGGGCAGGCAGAAUGUGCCUGCAUGGAGCUUUGCAAACGGCACUACAAACCCGUGUGUGGAUCUGAUGGAGAAUUCUACGAAAACCACUGUGAGGUGCACCGAGCUGCUUGCCUGAAAAGGCAGAAGAUUACCAUUGUUCACAAUGAAGACUGCUUCUUUAAAGGAGAUAACUGCAAGACCACUGAAUACAGCAAGAUGAAAAAAAUGCUUUUAGACUUACAAAACCAAAAGUAUAUUAUGCAAGAAAAUGAAAAUCCUAACGGUGAUGACCUAUCUCGGAAGAAGCUGUUGGUGGAUCAGAUGUUUAAAUAUUUUGAUGCGGACAGUAACGGACUUAUAGAUAUUAAUGAACUAACUCAGGUGAUAAAGCAGGAAGAGCUUGACAAGGAUCUUUCUGGUUGUUCUCUGUAUGAUCUGCUGAAAUACGAUGAUUGGAACGCUGACAAGCACCUGGCUCUUGAAGAAUUUUAUAGAACAUUCCAGGUGAUCCACUUGAGUCUGCCUGAGGACCAGAAGCUUAGCGUCACCGCAGCCACCGUGGGACAAAGUGCUGUUCUGAGCUGUGCCAUUCAGGGAGCCCUGAGACCCCCCAUCAUCUGGAAGAGGAACAAUAUUAUUCUAAAUAAUUUAGACUUGGAAGACAUCAAUGACUUUGGAGAUGAUGGGUCCUUGUAUAUUACUAAGGUUACUACAACUCACAUGGGCAAUUACACCUGCUAUGCAGAUGGCUACGAACAUGUCUACCAGACUCACAUCUUCCAAGUGAAUGUUCCUCCAGUCAUCCGAGUCUAUCCAGAGAGUCAGGCGAGAGAGCCUGGGGUAACUGCAAGCCUCAGGUGCCACGCAGAGGGCAUCCCAGACCCUCAGCUUGGCUGGCUGAAGAAUGGGAUCGAUAUUACACCAAAGCUGUCCAAACAACUUACACUGCAAGCAAAUGGCAGUGAGGUUCACAUAAGCAACGUGCGCUAUGAAGAUACGGGAGCGUACACUUGUAUCGCCAGGAAUGAGGCGGGAGUGGAUGAAGACAUCUCUUCUCUUUUUGUGGAAGAUUCUGCUAGAAAGACCCUAGUUAACAUAUUGUGGAGAGAAGAAGGUCUGGGAAUUGGGAACAUGUUCUAUGUUUUUUAUGAAGAUGGAAUCAAAGUGAUACAACCUAUAGAAUGUGAAUUUCAGAGGCAUAUUAAGCCCAGUGAAAAGCUCCUUGGAUUUCAGGAUGAAGUCUGUCCCAAAGCUGAGGGAGAUGAAGUUCAGAGGUGUGUGUGGGCAUCUGCUGUUAAUGUCAAAGACAAGUUCAUUUAUGUUGCACAGCCUACCCUGGACAGAGUCCUUAUUGUUGAUGUGCAAUCCCAAAAAGUUGUUCAGGCAGUGAGCACGGACCCUGUCCCAGUUAAAUUACACUAUGACAAAUCCCAUGACCAGGUGUGGGUGUUAAGCUGGGGCACCAUGGAGAAGACAUCACCGACACUGCAGGUAAUAACCCUGGCCAGUGGGAAUGUACCACAUCACACAAUCCACACCCAGCCAGUGGGAAAGCAGUUUGACAGAGUGGAUGAUUUUUUCAUCCCCACCACAACGCUCAUCAUCACUCACAUGAGGUUUGGAUUUAUUCUUCACAAAGAUGAAGCUGCACUACAAAAAAUUGAUCUUGAAACCAUGUCGUACAUCAAGACAAUCAACCUGGUGGACUAUAAGUGCGUUCCUCGCUCGCUGGCCUACACACACCUGGGAGGGUACUACUUCGUCGGCUGCAAGCCGGACAGCACCGGGGCCGUCCCGCCACAGCUCGUGGUGGACAGUGUAACGGACUCGGUCAUUGGGUUCAAUAGCGAUGUGACUGGCACUCCAUACGUCUCUCCAGACGGCCACUAUCUUGUCAGCAUCAACGACGUGAAAGGCCUUGUGCGGGUUCAGUACAUCACCAUCCGAGGAGAGAUACAGGACGCUUUUGACAUUCACACAAACCUGCACAUAUCGGACCUGGCGUUUCAGCCGUCCUUCACCGAAGCGCACCAGUACAACAUCUACGGCAGCUCAAGCACACAAACUGACGUGCUCUUUGUGGAGCUCUCCUCUGGGAAGGUCAAGAUGAUAAAGAGCCUCAAGGAGCCACUCAAGGCAGAAGAAUGGCCUUGGAACCAGAAGAACAGGCAAAUCCAGGACAGUGGCUUAUUUGGUCAAUACCUGAUGACGCCUUCCAAGGACUCUCUCUUUAUCCUGGAUGGACGGCUCAAUAAGUUAAACUGUGAGAUCACUGAAGUGGAGAAAGGAAAUACAGUCGUUUGGGUUGGAGAUGCCUAG